ACUUUUACCAAUCUUGACUUGGACAACAAACCAAGUCCAUGUCUAAAACCCUCCUUCCACAACCUUCUAUCACUCUUAACCGACAAUGGGUAGCAACCAACCAGCCAUUUCCUUCUUAACCAACCUAGCACGCGCCGCCUUAGGCCUCGGCGCGUCCGCCACCUUCCUCAACUCCGCCCUCUACACCGUCGACGGCGGCCAACGCGCCGUCCUCUUCGACCGUUUCCGCGGCGUCAUCGACGAUACUAUCGGUGAAGGUACUCACUUCCUCAUCCCAUGGCUCCAAAAACCCUACAUAUUCGACAUCCGUACAAGACCACACACUUUCUCUUCAAUCUCCGGCACUAAAGAUCUUCAAAUGGUUAACCUAACUCUUAGGGUUUUAUCUCGCCCUGAAGUCAACAAAUUGCCCUCCAUUUUCAAAACCCUAGGGUUAGAAUAUGAUGAGAAGGUGCUUCCGUCUAUUGGAAAUGAGGUUUUGAAAGCUGUUGUUGCUCAGUUUAAUGCUGAUCAAUUGUUGACGGAGAGGCCGCAUGUGUCUGCUUUGGUUAGGGAUAGUUUGAUUCGUAGAGCUAAGGAUUUUAAUAUUGUGCUUGAUGAUGUGGCGAUUACGCAUUUGUCGUAUGGGGCGGAGUUUUCAAAGGCGGUAGAGCAGAAGCAAGUGGCGCAGCAGGAGGCGGAGAGGUCGAAAUUUGUUGUGGCGAAGGCGGAGCAGGAGCGGAGAGCCGCGAUUAUUAGGGCGGAAGGGGAGAGUGAGAGUGCGAAGCUGAUUUCGGAUGCGACUGCUGCGGCGGGUAUGGGGUUGAUUGAGCUUAGGAGGAUUGAGGCGUCCAGGGAGAUUUCGUCGACUUUGGCGAGGAGUGGGAAUGUUAUGUAUUUGCCUGGGGGUGAUAGUCAGAUGCUUCUUGGGCUUAAUCCGUCUCGCUGAUUCGGUAACAGAUUUGGUAAUGUUGGUUCUGUUUUGCUUAAUGGUUUAUGAGUUGGAACAAUUCGAGAUAUCGUUUUAUAACUGUUUGAUUAAGUUGUAAUUGAACUGUUUUGUUGGCUUUUGAUUACACUCUUUCAUCAUGCCUUGUCCAAUGUUUGGGUUCUUUUACUUGAUUUAUUUGUAAAAGGAUUUGAGCAUGAGAAAAGGCGGUCACAAUAAGGUGUUGUGUGUGAAAUUGUUGAUAGAUUAUCUCAUUGAA